AUGGAGUCUUCCUCGCCGUCGGAACCGGAAAACGACGGACCGGAAAGUUUUCCGACGGCAUUCUUCCUCGUUGCCACGGCCGCCGCCGUCUACUCGAUUGAACUCGAUCUUACCUCCGUGAUCAAGCAAACAAAGUGGGCAAAAAACGAGAGAUUCGAGUUACCCCUCGGUUUUUCACGCUUCUUCUUGCAAGUUUUGGAAAACUCUGAUUUUAUUAAGUGAAAAAAUCAUCCUAAUUUCUUAUUUGGAAAAUCGAGCUUUAUAUCAAUUUGCAAAACUUGUAACUCGUCAGAUUGAAGAGUACACUGAAGUUAAAUACCACGAUAAUUUGAUCAAAAAAAUAAGCUUCAAAACAUUUCAAAAAUAGGUAAUGAGUGAUUUUUUUUACUCCUUUUCUGGGAAUUUGAACUUUUAGAUUCAAAAAGAUUUUUCCGCGCUCUUUGAAAAAACAAUUUGUUUUUUGGCUUUUGAACAGUUGGGCUUCUUUUUCGCAGAAAAGUCGCUCCAUGGAUAAGCUCUGAGUAUUCUCGAUUUACAAAAUAAAAAAAGAUAUUAAAGUAUAAAAAAAUUGAUCAGUGGUUGUUCUUCUACUUUUUCUGAAAAAAAGACGAUUUUUCCAGUGUAGAUUAUUUUUUUAUUAAUGUUUUCUGACGUUUUUCUUUUUCGGCUCUGCAGAGUAUUGAAAAAAUUCCCUUCAAUAAUGGAUCCACUAAAAUCAAAUUAAUUCAAUCAAAUAAGCUGCCAAUAAUUAAUUAACCGAAAAAAAAUUCAAUCAAUAAAUUGCAAGAAAAAAAUGGAGAAUAUUCAAAGUUUUAGUGAUAUCACCAUGAUUCAGAACCAUGUUACACCUGCAACACUGUUCAGGAAGCUCAAAAACCUCGGCGAAAAUGCUCAGUUGUGACCCAGCGACCACACUCGACGAAGAGGACGAGCGAUGAAGAGAUUAGAUAAAAGGGACCCAGUGGGAGUCGAGGCCGCGACUCCGGGGCUCCGUUCGGAAAGAUGACGUCGUGGGGCUUCUGGAUGACCUUCUUGGCGACGACGAUCCGUGCCUCGUUGGCGCGUACGGAAUGCGUCAUGGCCGUAGGUCGACUUCGGUGUCCGCAGCAUCCGGAUCUCGUCGUCGGAGUUCAAAUCGACCUCAUCGAUGAAGACAGUCUGUUUUUUCCGUGUUCCGAGGUUUCGCGCAGAUAUUUCUCUGAUUCUCCAAAAUUCAGUGGUUUUUCCAUCUCUUGCAUUUUUUGGAGCAUGUCAUCAUUUUCUAGUUCUUUUUUAAGAAAUUCUAUACUUCACCGUAGGUUUGAAUAACUAUCUUCCUUUUUUUGAAUAAGUUUGAAAAAUUUUUCAUGGAAGAUGAAAUUUAAGAGUUAUGACUUUUUUUAAAAAAAUAUUUCAAUUUUUAAAAUUGAAACAUGAUGAAAAAAUUCUUAACAUACUAAAACAAGCCAAAAAUUAAUUUUUCCGAAAUCCACAUCUAUGGAUGGAGAGUAAAAUACUUUUUAUUUUUUUCUUUAAAAUUGUUUUUUUCUGGACACUACUCUGAGAUAAAAAAAUUCCAAUUCGAGCUUAUUUUAAAACUGAAAAAAAUGUUUAGCUAAAAAAAUUGGGGCGGAAACUUUUUUUCUGACUUUUUAAAAAAAUCGUGCAAAAAAACUAACUUUUUCAGCUCUUCCUCUGGAAAUCGACGACAUCAUGGGAAGAACCUGGUCAUCUUCAAACGGAACUUUUUCAAGGUACGAAAAAAAUGAUCAAAUCUAAAUAUACAUAUUGGAAAAAGAUGAAAUUUUAUCGUGUGUCUGAAAAAAAUAGAAAGAAUUUUUUUCAAAAAAACUAUAUAAGAAAAAAAUCGUGCUGAAAAAAAAUUUUUUUGCUAUUUUUUUGUACAUCAUUUUUUUCGGUAUCCGAACAAAUAAAACGAAUCAAAAUCGAGAGUUCUACGCAUUUUAAAGCCACCUGGUCUUAAAAACAUUAAGAGUUUCAAAAAAAAAAACGUCUCCAUUAUUGUUCUCACAUUGAAAAUGUGUUAUCCUCAAAUGAACAACUUUUGUGAAAAUGAGGAAACAGAGAGCUGAUUUAUUCCGUUUCAGUGACUGGUUGCGGCUCGGAUUUUGGGCCGUUAAACACGCCGGAUCCCUAUCUUCUCAUCGAUCAUUCCUGUCCACAUCGACGGACCAACAAGUCCGCUUCUACUCAGGUUUUUUCUUGAAAUGAAAUGCAAAACAAAAAAAAAAUUUAAGGUCGAUGUUCUGCCGAUUUUUCUUCCGCACAUUGUCAAUCUCGGAAAUAUCUAUCUCGAUCGAUACAUUGACGAUGACGAAAACGAAUAAAUAAUUUUUAUGAAUGGAUUAGAAUUCGCAAAUGUCUUGCUUAUUUAAAAUCAAAUAAGGUUAAGUCGUGAAGAAACGCUGAAUCUAUAUAAAAAACAAAAUAAAUAAAACCAAAACUGUACAAAAAUUGGAAAUCUUUUUUAAAAAACUUUCACAAAAAACUGAACAUUCUGGGAAAAUUUUAGUAGAUUCUUUGAGGUUUUGACCUUUUAGUGACCACUUCAGGGGCAAAAAUGAGUGGCCUGGUCUGAAUGGUACUACUGGACCACUAAAAGUUUUAGUGGCCCUGUCAAAACCCUAAAGUGACCACUAAUAAUUUUCCAACAUGGUACAACUCAUAAUCAGCUGCAAAAAUCGAAAAGCAGUUAAAAUUUUCCUUUUAAAAAGUUUUACUACUGAUAAAUGAACUUUUUUCAUCAGCAAUGGUCAAAAGCAACUCUGAAUCAGGCAAAGUUGACCCGCAGCCGGCUGGAAAAGCCAUCAAUCCAUCGCGUGUCAUUACAACCCGACGGCCAAUCAGCGGCUGAUCCGAGCCAUUAAUCCUUCGCACCGGACCAACAUGCGGCUUUUCCUCGUCCUCGUCCUGCUCGACCUCGUCGUCGGCCAGUGCAUCGACGGAGGAUCUACUCACGCCAUCGGCGACAAAUGGAUCCGCAACGACAACUUCCUCGUCACGUGUCGCGACGGCGAGAUCAAGGUUUGAUCAUCAUCAUGUUCUUGGUCGAAAUGAAAGGAUGGAAAACUAGUUUAUAAGUAAUUUACACUCUGUUUUUGGAGAUUUGAAAAACAAGGCCGCCUAGAAACUUCGCAAGAGAGCUAAAUUUAAAGUUUUUUUAUUCAAUCUCAAUUUUAAUGUAAUGAAUUAAGGGAAAAAUGUUAAGUCGCCAUCAAGUCUACAUUUAUAAGAAAAGGAAAAAUUGAAUAAACCCUCCAAAAUGUCACAAUUUUGCGUCAUUUUAUUGUUCAAAACCUUUCACUUAUCUCAUAUUAUAGAAUAGAUAGAUAUGUAAGCUCAUCAAACUGUGAAACACUCUAGUGGCCAUUUAAGAGGUUCCUCUAGGACCACUUGGAGAGGGCACUAAAGUGCCAACUAAGCGACCUCUAUGAUAGCCACUAUUUUGCGUCUCAGUGGCCAGUAUAGUAGUUUUUGUGGUCUAAAAGUACCACUUACACUUCUAAAGUCGCCACUAAUUCGACUAUUACAGUGGCUAACGAAACGUCAAAACCCCAAAGUGGUUAUUAAAAAAUUUCGCAGAAUUUUAAAGCUCAAAAAAAUAAAGUUUUUUUAUUGCUUUGGAGCAGGAAUUCUGCGAAAAAGAUGAUAUUUAUUCAAUUUACUAUUAACCUAUAGUCUAUAGAUGAAAAAAGUCUAGCAGUAAACAAAUUUUAUAUUUACGCAAGUUUUUCUCUAACGAAUCGAACAACUUAAAAAAAUACAGAAACUUUAUGAAAUAAACUUGAAACGUAUACAGUGUGUAAUCUUCUGAAAUGUCAUUUUAAUCUUCAUUCGCUUUUUUCACUUUCAAGAUUAAAAUUAAAGUAUUUGCUGUAAAUUUGACCUCUCUUUCACCGCAAGUCGAGAUUCAGAAUUAACGCCUAUUUUUUUCCAUUAAUAAUACUUUCCUACAGACUCUGAAAUGCGUCACGGACGGCGGUACUCUAAUCGACGUCGGAACUCGGACUUUUGUCGAAAAUGGGGUUGAAUAUUCUUGUGUCGACGAAGGAAAUCAAGCUGAGAGUGAGUUGGAAAUCAAGUAACUGAAACUGAACUAUUUUCUUCGAAAAUUCAGUGGAAAAGCAGGUAAAUGUGAACACCUGCGGCGAUUUUUCUGACGCCAGCGACGACCUUUACAAGGAUCAAUUUGUCAUUUGCUGUAUUUCCAGGAGAUUCAAAGGCAAGCUUUCCAUCGAAAUUUCGUCUAAAGAGUUCAAUUUCCAGGCUGUAUCGAUGGAAAUGGAGACCUUGUGAAAACUGGACACUUUCUCAUUGGAAAUCGCUCUUUGAAGUUUUGCAAAAUUCAUAAAGGAGCAAUGACCGCUAGGAUUGAGCCGAAAGGUUGGAAAACCCUUCAAAACUGAACAGAAGGAAAUUUUGAGGUUGUUUCAAUGGAACAGAAAGCGAUGACAUUGACGAUGAGGAUCUACACAUAAAAAAGUACACCGUUUGGCAGGAAGGUCGGUUUUUUUAAAGAAGGAUUUUUUUUGAACUAUACUUCAGCUUUGUUAGGUUGAUAAAUUCAACUUUUCCAAAUUCUUACAAACUUAAAAAUCAAGAAAAAAAAAUUGAAGUUCGAGCUUGGAGUUCUUUUUUGGUUUUUUUUCAAAACUCGAUUGAGCUUUGUUCAAAGAAGCAUGGGAAAAAAAAUUGAAGAUUCGUGUUUCCUAAAAAAAAAACGUUUUACACUGAUUCCAAUUUUUCAGCAAAUCUAUGAUUAUUUAUUCAUUUAACUACUAGCUUUUUUUCUCUAUUUAUCCUCAUCUUCACAGAAAAAAAAGGUUUUUCUAAAAAAAUUUAGUGAUACAAUUCUUUCGAAUGAAAUAAUAAAGGCAAAUAAUGUAACUUAAGAAAUUUUUUUCUACUUUUUUUCUAAACUGAAAUUCUUUUUCUUAUAACUCUAGAAAUCUUCAUCUUUUUCAGAAAACAUAGAAUACCGAUGCGGGGACGACGGGAUCCAGGUUCACCGAUGUUUCCCGGAAAAUUCGAAACCAGUCUAUUUUGGAUCGGCUUGGAUAGAUUCCAAAGGAAUUGUGCGUGUGUGUGGGAAAAUUCAAUAA